AUGCCACGAACGGGAAUUUUAUCGGUGCUCGACGACGCGUGUGCUUCUGUCGGAAAUGUGACUGAUGAAGUGUUUCUCAAAGAACUCGACAAAAACUUGCAAUCACACAAGCACUAUACUAGCCGAGGAUUGAAGCAGUCAGAAAAGAGCAUCAAAUUUGAUGAGUUCAGGGUUACCCAUUACGCAGGCGACGUCACGUACUCAGUGAACGGCUUCAUGGAUAAGAACAGAGACACGUUGUUCCAGGAUCUGAAGCGGCUGCUGUUUAACAGUAAGAGCGGUCUUCUGCAUUCGCUGUUCCCCGAUGGUUCGAAGUCAGUCACGGAAGUAAAUCGACGACCGCCUACUGCUGGUUACCUGUUCAAGAAUUCCAUGUUGACGUUGGUGGCUCAGUUGGCCAGUAAGGAACCACAUUACAUUCGCUGUAUCAAGCCGAAUGAGGAGAAGAGCAGUACCAUUAUUUGA